GUCAGUGUCGGCAACUUGACGCAUUUACAACAACUCUGGAGACGGCGCCACUGACAGUUGGUCCUUUCGUUACACAGCGCAAACCCCGCCGGGAAUACCCUCUCUGGUUCUCCGAGAAGAGCCGAACGAAGUGGAAGUACGGGCCCGGCUGCUCCGAGGACCUCUCUGGGGACUGCACAGACCCACUCCGUCGUGGAAUAGUUCUCGGGACUGUUUGUGCCACAACACGCCUGCCAUCCAUUUAAACGCGUCUGAAAGGAGAGAGGGAGGAGGGGGGGGGGGGGGGGACCUCGCCAGAGUUGGACAGCAGUUGGACAGCAGGCAUGAUGCUGGGCGCUGAGGGCCAGCAGCAGGGGUUCGGCUCAUGACUGAAAACCAUGAGGCAGCCAGGGAAGUGACCUCGGUGGGCUCCACAGCCUGAGGGUCCAAGGCACCAAUAUGGCAUCCAAGGAGAGACUGUACGAGGUCUGGAUGCUCUACUGCACCAAGAGGGAUCCGGACUACUUGAAGUUAUGGCUGGAGAUUUUCAUCAGCUCCUACGAGCGAUGCCUGGACGUGGACUUUGAAAAGCCGCCGUCGAGGCCAGAGGAGGUCCCCCCGGUGUUGACGCUCCUCCCCGACAACAUCCUGCAGGUUCUGCGCCACCAGCUGCUGCAGUGCGUCCAGAAGGCCUCCGAUGGCCUGGAGCCCGAGCAGCAGAACCUGGCGCUGCUGCUGCUCAAGUUCCUCAUCAUCAUCUGCAGGAACCUGUCCAACGUGGAGGAGAUUGGCACUUGCUCUUACAUCAAUCACAUCAUCAACAUGACAACGCUCUAUAUUCAGCAGCUCAAGAGCAAGACCAAAGAGAAGGAGAUGGUAGACCAGAGCCAGGCGGAGGAGUUUGUCCGUCACGCGCUGGCGUUCUGCGAGAGCCUCUACGACCCGUACCGCAACUGGAGGCAUCGAACCGGCAGGGAGCAGCUGGGUACAGUCGAGAGGAGCAGACAGAAGUACAAGGCAGCUCCGCUCACUGUGGAGUUUGUUCCUUUCUUUUACCAGUGCUUCCAGGAGAGCGAGCACCUGAAGGAGAGUCUGAAAUGCUGCCUGCUGCACCUGUUUGGAGCCAUAGUCGCUGGUGAUCAGAGGAACGCUCUGUUUGCCAUCUCUCCAGCCACUAUGGAGGUGUUGAUGCGGGUGCUGGCCGACUGCUCCACGGGAAGCUGCUCCUCGGACGAGGGCGAAGACUGGGACAGCGAGGCCCCCGACCGGAAGGCGCUGCUGACCCUGGGCUGCCUGCGGGAGGUGGUGCAGCGCCUCCUGGCCUCGAGCUCCGACCAGCGGCAGGUGGAAAUCGCCUCUGUGCUGGAAAACUACUUCAAGCUGCUCAAUUCGGACCCGGCGGCCGUUGUGGCCUCCCAGCAGCAGCAGCAACAACAACAACAACAACAACAACAACAACAACAACAACAGCAGCAGCAGCAGCAAGCCAAGGGCAGAGUACCGACACUGGGCCGACACUGGGAGAGCCGAUUUGUGGCGCUGCAAGUCAACAUGCUAGACACCAUCAGGGACAUGUUCCUGUGUUCAGACAGGCCGGUUCUACAAGCCAUCUUCCUCAAUAGUAACUGUUUCGAGCAUCUGACGCGGCUGCUGCAGAACAGCAAGCUGGUUAACGCGAGGUGCACGGCGGCAGACAAGGACCAGAAAGAUAUAACCAACAACAGGUUACUGACAGGAGAGAGGGACACUCAGGUGUUUCAAGGGCGACUAGACUCCCUCGCCGUAGCGACCAUCAAAGCCCUGACAACAGUGAUGCACAAAUCACCGGCUGCAAAGGAGGUGUUCAAGGAAAGGAUUGGCUACAAUCACCUUUAUGAAGUGCUCACCUCACUGGGCCAGCCAUCGCGGCUCCUCCUCAAGGAGCUGAUGAACAUGGCUGUGGAGGGUGAGCACACCUCAGUGGGGCUCCUGGGCAUCAGCAACGUGGAGCCCUUGCUGCUGCUGGUCCAGUGGCUCCCGGAGCUGGACUCAUCGGAGCGGCAGCUCUUCACGGCCGACUGGCUCCGGCGCCUAAGCUGCCUCAACCGCCAGACCCGCGCCACCUGCGUUAACGCCGCCAUGGUCCUGCGAGCGCUGGCGGGCCUGGAGUGCGACCAGCGGCUACACCGGGCGUGCGCCGAGAGCCUGUUGGGGCUGGUGGGCUCACUGGGAUCCCAGUCCUUGGGCGCCAGGGAACUCCUGGGACUCCUUCGCCUCCUCAGGCCUCCAGAGUCCACCCAAACUCACCCCUAUGUGGGUCCCGCCUUGAGAGCCCUCCUGGCCAUGGUGCGGCAGCAGGGCCUGGAAAGCGCCAUGCAGUACUUUGACCUGUCCCCCAGCAUGGCGGGCAUUGUAGUUCCAACAGUGCAGCGCUGGCCCGGCUCAGCCUUCAGCUUCGUCGCCUGGUUGUCACUAGACCAGGACCAGCUGGGCCCACUCAGCAAGGACAAGAGGAAGCAGCUCUACAGCUUUUUUACCCCUGGGGGGACGGGGUUUGAGGCCUUCGUCAGCUCAGCGGGUGUGCUGGUGGUGGCUGUGUGCACGAAGAAGGAGUACGUCACAGUCAUGCUGCCCGACUACUGCUUCUGUGACUCGCUCUGGCACAGCAUCGGUGUGGUCCACGUUCCAGGAAAGAGGCCCUUUGGACAGAGUCUCGUGUACAUUUACGUGGACGGACAGCAGAAACUGUCCGCCCCCCUCAAGUAUCCCACCAUGACUGAGCCGUUCAUCUCCUGCUGCAUCGGCUCAGCAGGCCACCGGACCACCACUCCCCCGCCCUCCCAGAUCCCGGACCCGCCCUUCUCCUCCCCCACCACGCCCACCACUCGCUCCUCGCUGGGCGCCAUCCUGUCACCGCAGACCUGGGGGGGCCUGCUGGGGGGGAAGCAGGAGUCUCUGACCAAGCUCAUCUCUGCAGGGACCCAGGACAGCGAGUGGGGGAGUCCGACCUCGUUGCAGGGCCAGCUGGGAAGCGUCAUGGUCUUCCAUGAACCCCUGCAGCCCAACCACAUAAAAGCCAUCUGUAGUGCUGGUCCAAACUGCAUCUCUCCAUUCAACGCCCAUGAAUCCGAACUCGCCGACCUUUCAGCCAAAUUGCUGCUGCACUACUCUCCAAAGGCGUGUAGGAACCCCAUCUGUCUAGAUCUCUCUCCGAACAUGCUGCAUGGACGCCUGACGGGGAAUAAAGUGGUCAACUGGGAAAUCAAGGAUAUGAUCAACUGUGUGGGUGGCCUGCCAGUGCUCUUCCCCAUACUGGAGCAGUUGACUCUGAUCACCCCGGAUCAACAGGCAAGUGAUCCCGCCACCGGGUCAGAUUUCAUCACCCCGGAUGUAACCACGCCACCCGACGGAGAUUGGGUCCUUCUGCCGUCCAACCGGGCGUCAGAGGCGCGCCUGGAGAAGAACCUGGUGGCCACCUUCCUGUUGGUGCUGAAGCAUUUCUUGCAGAGGCACCCUAUCAACCAGGAGAAUCUGCUCCACUCGCAUGGUGUCGGCACACUGGGAGCCCUGCUGCAGAAGCUGCCAGCAGGUCAUGUGGACGUCAGCGUGCUGGUUGCUAUGCAGCUGCUGAUAGAACAGGUGACCUAUGAGAAGAACCAGGUCCUGCUGCAGCAGCUUCACACGCAUCUGCUGUUCAACUUCAACAUCUGGAACAAAGGAGACUUCCCUCUACGCAUCGGUCAUAUCCAGUACAUGUCCACUGUCAUCAAAGACAACAGGAAGCAGUUCAGAAAGAAAUAUGGAGUACAGUUCCUCCUGGACACCGUGCGCCUUUAUUACGGGAGGAACAGCAAUAGAGAGAGCGACCUGAGCGAGGACGACGUUCGCAGCAUCCGGGCGUCUCUCUGCGGCCUCAUCAAAUACUACAUCACCAAGGGCAUGUCGCAGGAGGAGAUGCACAGCAUUCUGGGAUACAUCGCCGCCAUCGGAGACGAGGAGCAGUUGUGUGGGCUGCUGGAGCUGUUACUCAGCCUUCUUCAGUCCAGUCCGGCCAGGGACCAGCUCUUCCUGCUCCUCUUCGAGGCCGGUGGCGCCGACUCCUGCUACGCGCUCCUGCUCAACAACAAGCACUCGGAUCGACUCCGGGAGCUUGUCUUCAAGUUGUUUGAGCGCAUGCUGCGCUGCGACCGCGUCUAUGAGAAGAAUAAGCAGCGCUUACGGCUGAGGGAGGCGGGUUACGCCGGCUUGUCGCUGCUCUUCUCUGAACUUCACAUCACUCCGACACUGAUCCGCUGUCUCCUCAACCAGGUCCUCCACACAGAUCAUGUGGUGAACUACAAGGACCUGAUGGCUCUGGUCCAGCUCACUCACCGGGCCGGACCCGCCGAACGCCUCCUUGUCUGCAAGAGGGUGUACCAGCUGCUACAAUCCCAACAAGAUGCUGCCGUCCAGAUCUCGAAGCAGCAGUGUUGGCAGGACACUCUCAUGCGGCUCUACCUGCGGAGUGAUGGAUCCCAGUCACAGCGGGGCACCGACACCAUCAGCACCUGCAGCCUGGAUCUGAGCCGUCCUAGCGGCGGAGGCGGCGCCGCCAGCCGCCUGGAGCUGCCGCUGGAGAAGCGGGCGCGGGCGGGCAGCGGCGGCCGCCUGGAGGACGACCGGUUUAGCGUCGGCGACACCCGCUCCGUGGACAGCCUGGAGAACGGCGACGGCAUCUCGCUGCUGGAUACGCCGUCCUCCUCAGCCGCAGCUGAGCCGCAGCUGCACGUCAAGCCCUGGGUGGUGGGGAAGUCGGGGGGCUUGAUGCUGGAUCUGUCCCACCUGCAGGCCUACGAGGGCGGGGACAGCGGCAGCCAAACACCUGGCAGCACGCCAUCGCCGCCGGAGACCUCGAAGCCUUUCCCGGGGAGCUCCGGGGAUCGAGAUGCAACCUCCUCCCUUACUGAGGACAGCUUUCUCUUCAGCGACAACAUCUCACUGGGGGAGUCCUUCAACAACGCUGAGCGGGCAGAGGAGGAGCUGUGCACCAUGCUGAUGGAGAUCGUGCUGUGCGUGAUGUGGCGUGGGGUAGAAUGCUCGGACGACUCGGCGUGGCUGGAGCGCGGCCAGGUCUUCUCGGCCCUCACCAAACUGGCAACCGCCAACGAGCUGCUGCUGCCCGUCGACCAAAUCAAACUGAGUCUCAUGGAACGCAUGUUGGAGUGGGCCGUGGCCGAUAACCGCGAGGCGUCGGCCGCCACGCUGCCGCAGCACACGGAGAACGCGGUGCGGUUGCUUCACAUGGUGCAGGACUUCCUGCAGGCGGAGGGCCUGGUCAACCCGGCGCUGUGGACGGAGAAGGUGCUGGAGGAGACGGUGACGCUAAUGGACAGCCUCAUGGUGUGGUACUCGGCCGGCGCCCAGUGGUUCCAGCUCUCCCAAGUUGGACUGCGGCUGCUGCUGGGCUUCAUGGCUCAGGAGGACCCUGAAGUGUGUGCCUUGGCCACAGCCAAGCUCAACGGCAUCCUGCAGACCAAGCAGGUGUCCAGCCAGGACGAGGCCUGCUACCUACUGGGUAAGGUGGAGGGCAUCCUGCGGCGCUCCAUCCAGGAACAACGGGAGGAGACGUACUCCUUCCUGGUCCCUCUGCUGCGAACGCUGCUCUCCAAAGUCCACCGCCUCCUCUUCAUAGAGCUGCAUCUCCCCCAGCUCCCCGACACCAACGGCAGCCCGUCCUUCUUCGAGGACUUCCAGCUGUACUGCAACUCCACUGAGUGGCGCGUCUACCUCGACAAAUAUAUUAUCCCGUACAUGAAGCAGUAUGAAAUCGAAACAUUCAGCCAGGGCCACGAGACCAUGGCUCUCUACUGGAAGGAGUGCUACGAGGCUUUCAUGGUCAGCCUGCAUAAGAGAGAAAGGGAAAGGGGCGAGAGCAAGAUACGCUUCCAGGAGCAAUUUGUGGAGCCUUUCUCGCGCCGAGGCCGCCAGGAGAACCUGCGCUACAACAGCAUGUUGAAGCAGCAGCACAGCCAGAACAGCGCCACCCUCAGGCAGUGGAAGGCAGCACGCCGGGGUCUUGUGUGUGAGAGAGGGCCCUGGGCUGACAGGCAGCAGGAUGAGAUGCACUGGAGGGUGUCCAGCGCUGAGAACUUCUCCCGCAUGAGGCUGAAGCUGGUUCGUAGUUACAACUUUGACCUGCACCAGGAGGCCAGCGCUCUGAGAGACAACCUGGGUGUCCAUCAGCAGCGUGUAAACGCGGAGUCUCUGCUGCUGGAGGCUGCCAAGCAGGUCAAAGUCAGCGACCUGGAGGACGACAUCCUAGAGUUGCCGGAGGACGACCCUGCCGCCGCCAACAACCAAGUUGAAGCAGAAGAGGCGGGCCAGAAGGAGAAGCUGGUGCUGUGGGAGGACUGCGAGCUGGUGACGGUGGUGGACGUGGUGCCCGGCCGGCUGGAGCUCACCACCCAACACAUCUACUUCUACGACAGCAGCCAGGAGAAAGAGGAAGGAGUGGGCCACGACUUCAAAUGGCCCCUGUCUCAGAUCCGAGAAGUCCACCUGAGGCGUUACAACCUACGCCGCUCAGCUCUGGAGAUCUUCCUCAUCGACCAGACCAAUUACUUCCUCAACUUCAAGAAGGAGGUGAGGAACAAGGUCUACAGCCGCAUGCUGCUGCUGCGAUCCCUCAGCCUUUAUGGAACCCGCUCACCACAGGAGCUCCUCAAAGCCUCUGGACUUACACAGAAAUGGGUGAACCGGGAGAUUUCCAACUUUGACUACUUGAUGCAACUCAACACGAUUGCAGGCAGAACGUACAACAACCUGGCUCAGUAUCCGGUGUUUCCCUGGAUUUUAGCUGACUACACCUCAGAGGAGCUUGACCUGUCUGAUCCCCGGGUGUUCAGGGACCUGUCAAAGCCAGUGGCAGUUCUUAACGAACGCAACGCCAAGGCCGUUCGAGAAAAGUAUGAAAGUUUUGAGGACCCAACAGGCACCAUCGACAGGUUCCAUUACGGCACCCACUACUCAAACGCUGCCGGAGUGAUGCACUACUUGAUCAGAGUGGAGCCCUUCACCUCCCUGCACAUCCAACUGCAGAGCGGACGGUUUGAUUGUGCCGACCGCCAGUUCCACUCCAUCCCUGCGACAUGGCAGACCCUCAUGGACAACCCCAACGACGUCAAGGAGCUCAUCCCGGAGUUCUUCUACUUCCCAGAAUUCCUUGAGAACCAAAAUGGCUUUGAUCUGGGUCGCCUGCAGUUCUCCAAGGGAAGGGUAGAUGAUGUUGUUCUUCCAAAAUGGGCCAAGUCCCCCGAGGACUUCAUCUACAAACACCGCAAAGCCCUGGAGUCGGAGUACGUAUCGGCGCACCUUCACGAGUGGAUCGAUCUGAUCUUUGGUUACAAGCAGAGGGGCCCCGCGGCGGUGGAGGCCCUCAAUGUCUUCUACUAUUGCACAUAUGAGGGGGCGGUGGACCUGGACGCCAUCACGGAUGAAAAGGAGCGCAAGGCCCUGGAGGGCAUGAUCAGCAACUUUGGACAGACGCCCUGCCAGCUAGUCAAGGAGCCCCAUCCAGUGCGACUGCCUCAGGAGGAAGUGGAGAAGAGGAAGGCUCAGCUUGACUCGUGUCCUCUCAGCAUGUUCGAACAUCUCGGUGACCUCAAGUCCUUCUUUGUCGAGGGCAUCAGUGACAACGUGCCGCUGGUUAAGGCCGUGGUGCCAAAGAAUCAGUCCCAUUCUUUCAUCACCCAGGGGAGCCCUGACACCAUGGUGACGUUGAGUCAGAACUGCCUGGUUGGGACCCACGGGUGGCUGCCUUACAACAAGAACAUCUCCAACUACUUCACCUUCAUUAAGGACCCCACCGUGUCCAAUGCCAAGACCCAGCGUUCCCUCUCCGGACCCUUCGCCCCCGGCGUGGAGGUAACGGCGGGGCUGUUCGUGGCCUCCCACGACGGCAAGUUGCUCUUCAGCGGCGGCCACUGGGACAACAGCCUCCGGGUCACCUCUCUGGUUAAGGGCAAGACUGUGGGACAGCACAUCCGACACAUGGACAUUGUGACCUGCUUGUCAACGGACCACUGCAGCAUCCACCUGAUCUCCGGCUCCAGAGACACAACCUGCAUGGUGUGGCAGGUUCUGCAGCAGGGUGGAGCUCCCGUGGGUCUCCAUCCCAAACCGGUUCAGGUGUUGUAUGGACACACGGACGAGGUGGUCAGUGUCAGCAUCAGCACAGAGCUGGACAUGGCUGUGUCUGGGUCACGGGAUGGGACAGUGAUCAUCCACACGGUGCGUCGGGGCCAGUACAUGCGUUGCCUGCGGCCGCCAUGCGACAGCUCCCUGCCACUCUCCAUCCUCCACCUGGCCGUGUCCUGGGAGGGUCACCUGCUGGUCCACACCUGCCUUGAAGGCAAAGCGACGCUCAAGGAUAAAAACGCCCUCCACCUUUACUCCGUCAAUGGGAAGCACCUCUGCAGGGAGCCUCUGCAGGAGCAGGUGACCGAUAUGUGUGUGUCGGGGGAGUACGUAGUCAUCGGCAGCGAGCAGGGAUACCUGUCCAUCCGCGACCUCUACAGUCUGUCUCUGUGCACGGAGCCCAUGGCCAUGAGGGUGCCGGUGCGCUGCGUCUCGGUCACCAAGGAGCAGAGCCACGUCCUGGUGGGCCUAGAGGACGGCAAGCUGAUCAUCGUGGGCGUGGGCAAGCCGGCGGAGAUGCGUUCGGGCCAGAUCACACGGAAGCUGUGGGGCUCCAGCAAGAGACUGACCCAGAUCUCCUCGGGGGAGACGGUCUACAACACCCAGCACGACUGCAACUGACCCGCCCUCCCGAUCUCCCGAGCCCUGAACCCUCUUUCCCACGCGCAUCCCACAUUCCUGUCACCCAGUUCGCCUCCAUCCAUGUCAAUCACCAAACGGUUUGCUUCAUUCUGACCGAGGAGCUCCCUUCAGUUCCUCUAGCACCUUUCCACUCUUUAAUGGCCGGUGUUUUGAGGUGCGAAAGCAUCGCAAAAUCUUCACGCCCAUGCAUCAGUUAUGUUUUAGUCUUUUUUUUCUGCUUUGGAUUGAGCGUACAGCGCUGGCGCCAUGGUUCGAAUCCAGCCUCAACACCACCACGCCACUACCAACCCCCAUGGCUCAUAAACACUCGGCUAGUUAUCACCAUUUGUACAUGACACUAAUGUUUCUCCAGCAGGAGCCUCUCCGUAGAGGCACUGUGUAUUCUCCGACCUGCUCAGUUAACAAUGCAACAGGAUCGGUGAGCUAACUGCUCUCCUGUAUGUGUGUCUGUGUGUAUGUGUGUCUGUGUGUCUGUGCAUGCGCAGUGUAUUGCCAUGCUCUCUGUCGAAAUAUAGUUUCAAGUGGCCUUUUUGUCCCCCUCCCCUUAGUUGGCCUUCGGUGCAGACAGGCGGGCCUGUGCUUUGUAGGCGGAGACUUCUCAUGGUUGCCUCAAAGCUGCCACACAGCAGCCUUAAUGCAGUAAGACGGCUCCAUCACUCACAAGAUUAUUUUUAAAAACAUAUAUAUAUAUAUAUAUAUAUAUAUAUAUAUAUAUAUAUAUAUAUAUAUAAAUAUAAACAGUGAUGGAGAAGUCAUGGUGGUUGUUGUUUUUUUUUUUUUUUACGCUUCGAUAUAGCCGACUUGUUUUGUUCUAGAAACAUCUUUAGCAUCUGUCUUUUAAUGUCGGCAUGUCAUUUCAGAUAUAGUUUUGUAAAAAGAAAAUAUUCACUUGGACGAAACACUACAUUCUCAUGUGAACAUUUGAAACUGCAGUACGGAGAGAUGCGGCUUUAAAGUCACACAACACUUCACCGAAUGUUUUUUAAUUUACUUGAAUCUGUGUUUAUUUAUAAGUAAAAGUAGCAGUUUUUAAGAUCACACUUUUGGCUCUUGAAUACAUUGCAUAUUUUAAGACUGUGCUGACUGUUCAGACAGCUGCAAAAGAAGGAGAAAGACAAACUCCUCAAGGGCUUAACGAGAUGUCAGUGUUCACGGCAAUACAGCUCCUUCGCCGGGUGGCUGUCGGCGCUUUCCCCCUGUUUUUCUGUCUUGGUUGCUCUGCCAGCCCUUUAUCUCCAGUCUUCCUUUAGCUUAACUGGGACAUUAAAUGCACCAUAUCUCCCUCCCUCUCCUUCAGCUCUCAUCAUUGCCUCAGACUAUGCCCCUCUGUUAUUUUGCCAUCUCAUCCUCCUUCCUGCUCGUUGUGAAGUGACUGAGUUCUUCUUUUAUGGGGCAUCAAGAAGGCUCGCAUGCCUUGGGGUUGCUUUGGAAGAUCGUGUUGUUAAAGUGUUUGAAUGGGAUUUAUUUCCACAUGAAGCCACAGUAUGAAGCUUGUGUAUGUUUAUUUUUUUUAAAGACAAAUUCUGUUGACGCGGUUUCUCUUGAUUCUGUGGACCAUCACAGACCUUGAUUGGUUUGGCUCACGGGUCAUUAAUUCAGCAUUGGACACAAGGUUUCUCUAGUGUAUUCUUUCUCGAAGGGUCUUUUUCAACAUGAUUUUGUAUUUAGUUUUUAUUUAAAUGUCACAGCAAGAUGGAGCGCAGACCAAUCUGUGUCCUUCUUCUGAGGUUUCUGUGAAAGAUGUUUUUCUUCGUCCGCUCAUCCACAUUUUGUCGUUCAGACAAUAGACCACUGUUUGAGUUGUUCCACGACUGUAACAAACGGAGUGCCUUUAUCCCAGUGUGGCAUUCACACAGGUUUCUCAUCGCUCAUCGUCCCGACCUUACGGUAAAUCUAAUGAAAGCAGCAUUCCAGACGUUAAACCUCCACACUUUCAACGGAAGCCAAGAACAUAGGACUUCAAAGCGUCUUCUUAGCAACAUUCUCUGUGACUGUCACCAAAUGGAUGUGUGUGUGUGUGUAUAUCUGUGGUUAUUUAUGAAUACAGUAUAUAAUGUACAGCAUGAUUUUUAUUUCAGCGUAUUUGAAAUGUACUUUUGCACUUUCCAGGUACUAAAUUGUAACAUUGUUUUAACUUGGCUCCCUAAUCUGUACAAACUGCUUUGUAUACACAAAUGGAAAAUGAUCAUUAAAGUCUUGUCUAAAUUUAAA